AGUCUGGGAGACCUAAGCUUUGACAGAAAUAGCAAGAAGCAAAGAAGGAAUCGUACCACAUUUUCAGCAGAUCAGUUGAGAGAAUUAGAAACUGUAUUUCAACAUACUCAUUAUCCAGACUGUACUCUCAGAGAACAUAUAGCAGAUAAAGUUGAUUUAACAGAGGCCAGAGUUCAGGUAUGGUUCCAGAACAGGAGAGCCAAAUGGAGAAAACAAGAAAAA